AUGCCAAUAUUUUUUAAUAAAAAUGAAGAAUUUAAAAGAAAAUCAUUAUCAUUAGCAGCACAUAGAAAAACUCUUAAAACUACAAUCACUGAAUACAUUUUUAAUAAUCCAUCAUUAUAUUCAAUACCACCAUUAUCAUUAAUAAAUAAUCAAAAACAACAAGAACUAUCAACAAAUAAAAGAUUAAAACUAUCUGAAACUAUACAUUCAAAUUUAAAUAAUAAUAAUAAUAAUAAUAAUAAUAAUAAUAAUAAUAAUAAUAAUAAUGAUAAUGAAGAAAUAAAGUAUGAAUAUAUUGAAUUUAGAGAUUUUAUGAAAUUAAAGUCAAGCAAUUUAUUAAAAUCAUUUAUGGAAUUAGAUAUAGUUUUAAGUGAAACUGAAACAAAUUUUAAUCAAUUUCUUAAAAUGUAUCAUCCAUAUGAAAGAUUACAAGUUGGUAUUAAAGUUAUUCUAAAGUAUGAUAAUACAAUUCCAGAAAAAAAAAGAGAAGAAAUUUUAGAAGAAAUCAAUAAAAUUGAUAGAAAAAAUGAAACAGGUUUUAAUAGAUUAAAAGAAUUGAGAAAAUUAGUAGCAAUAGAAUUCCCAAAGCAAACAAACUUUUAUUUCUAUUAUUGGCAAAGAUAUCGUGAGAAUAUUAAAAAACUUGGUAAAGUUCCUAGAAAAUGGAAUCCUCCAGGUGAUAAUAUUGAAACUUUUGAACAUAUUAUUGUACAAGAUGACUUCAUUGAAGAUCAAGAAGCCAUAUAUCUAAACCAUACCCAAGGUGAUGAAAAUAUAGAACAACGUCAAGUUUAUCUAUUCAAUUCACCAUAUGAAUCAUUAUUACCAAAUGGUACAAUAUUUUCAAAUGUAAAUAUAAUAAAAAAAGAAUUACAAUCAAAAGAAUUAACAACCGAAACAACAGAAGCAGCAAUUGAAAGUUCUUUUUUAAAAAUUGAUAAUUUUGAAAAACCAAUACCAAAUGAAUCAACAAUUAAAAUUGGUUGGAAUUCAGAUAAAUUAAUUGAACCAUUCAAACCAAUUUCAAAACUUAUAAAUUCAUUUAAAUUUUCAGAUGAAGUCAUAGUAUCAAUUUGUAAAGUAAUGAAUGUAAAUGAAAUUCAAAGAUUUAUUCAAUAUAAUUUCUUUGAAUCAUUUUUUCAAAAUGAAAUUUAUAAAUAUUCAGUAUUUAUGAAUAGAGAUGAUAUAAUGCCAUUCCUAUUAAAUAAUUAUAAUAUUGAAGCUGAUUUCCCAUACUUUCAUCCAAGCUCAGACUAUUCACAAUAUUUAGAAUGUAAAUUCAUCUUUGAAAAUCAUUUUGAAAAAGUAAAGAAUAUUUCAAAUCUCAAUCAAAAAUGGAUCGAAAGUCGUUAUUUACAAUUCCCAUUGAUUUUAUUAAAUUCUUUUUUAAAAUACAUCUGCAAAGAAAAGAAUAUCACAACAUAUAAUCAAUUCAUUCAAAAUGAUAAUUUACAAAUUAGAAAACAAAUUCAAUCAAUUAUUGAACAAUCAGAUACUCAAGUAUACUUUAAAUCAGCUUUGGAUCAAGUUUUAUUAAAAUCAAAAGAAGAUAGAAAAAAUGAUGAAAUUAAUUCUCCAUUCAUUGAAAAUAAUAAAAAUCCAUUCAUAGAAUCUUUUAUUCAUGGUGAUAUUAAAACCUGUGAUAUCAUUCUCAAAUAUUACCCAAAUCAAUUCAAAAUCACUAAAGAUUCAAUCACUGAAACAUUAAAAAUGGAAAAUAUUCAUAUCAUUAAAUAUUAUUAUAAAGUUGAUAAUUGUAAAAAUUUAAUUAAUAAUUUUAAAAAUGAUAAUAAUUUAUUAAAACAUUUAAAAAAUGAAUUAUCAAAACAUCCAAUAUAUAAAUACCAUUUAACUUGGUUAUAA